CCAUUUGGUAUCUUUGCACAAGAAUCAACACCGUCCUCACCUAUUCCAAAUACGAGUGCCAUGAUGUCUACCACAGGUCCUGUCAUGGCCUCUAGUUCGUCUUCUUCAACAACGUCUUCUCCUUCUGUCAUGGCUACUGAAGACCAUUUUCGAUUUGUGGUUGAUCAACGCCGAUUGACCAAUGCAAAGCUAUUGCAGCACACAUUAAAUGAAACCAAAUUGAAAUCAUUGAUUCAUCAAUAUGUGAGCAAUCAACUUCAUGACAAGGAAAGAAAAGUCAUUAUUCUCACCAGUAAAGUAGCUCAAAAGAGCUAUGGUACUGAAAAAAGGUAACAUUCAAUGUUUGUUUCCAUGACUGAUGUUGUAUAGAUUCCUGUGUCCUCCACCUACGGCUAUUCUUGUAGGUACAAAUUGGUGGACAUCGUCCACUUCUUUCAACACAAAUGAAAAUGAAGUUUUAAAACUGCCUGAUGGCUCUCUUCUUUUCCCACCCAAACUCACAGUUUCCAUUUCAGGUGAAGCAGUUCAAUCAGGACACAUUGAAUGGUCUACUGUAUCUGGUACAACCGUUGGACAAACAGGACAACAUCUUAUCAAGGCCUCUACUUCUGGUGCUUGCUCAAACACUCCAUCCGAGCACCCAAGCCGGUUCCGUAGCUCAGCAGACGUCCGUAACCAACCUAUUGAACUCUACAACAACCAAGCACAAGAGCUCUUGGGUUCGGGUAAAUCUGUCUCCAAACACCUGUACAUUAACGAUGCAGACGAAAAGCGUAAACGCGUAGAAGCCAUUGUACGCAUUCAAUUAGCCAAUGGUCUCCAGUUAGGCGCAUUUACAUCCAAAGGCAUCAAAGUGAUCAGUAAGCCAUCCAAAAAGCGACAGAGUGCCAAAAACAUGGAACUCUGUAUCCACCAUGGUACCACUGUGUCUUUGUUCAAUCGUAUUCGGUCACAAACCGUAUCCACCAAAUACCUCGGCGUGUCUGCCUCGCCUAUUCCUGGUCAACCUGCACGGAUGGAAAACACUUGUUUUGUGGCCCGCACGACCAGUUGGGAUCCCUUUGUCAUCUGGCUGGUCAACAAUGAAGAAAACAGCCACUCGAGUCUGUUGAUGGGCGACAGUCUUGUUGACCUGUCUGACCAUUUACCCCCUCCACCUGCUAUUGCCAUGAAGCGACAACAGAUGAUUCCUAUCCAUUAUAAUCAGCAUGUUGUAUUACAGUGUCUGACGACUGGUCUUGUGAGUCCGGUGAUGAUCCUCCGCAAGGUGGAUAAAGCUUCAACAGUGGUGGGUGGCACCUUGGUCAACGAUGAGGAAGUGUUGGGUGACCCUGUAUCUCAGUUGCACAAGGUAGCACUUCAAAUUGUCGCACCAACAAAUGAACCACCCACCUACCUUGCUUGUCUGAAUGAUAUGGUAGGCAUGCACAAGAUCACAGAGCCCCGAAAACCAGUUGUCAUAGAAGAAAGUACCAUGGCAGAGAAAAUUGUGCGUAAGCGUCGUGUCUCGAUUGAUCCUGUGGAAGAUAUGUUUUCGCGCAAGUCGAGUAUCAGUAGCAAUAGUUCUACAAACACACGCAGGUCUUCGAUUCAAGCAGGACUUGGUGCUUGUUGGCAAGAAGAUGUGUCUGAUGCUGCUGUAUGGACCAUUGUUGGCACAGAUUGUACUACCUACUCCUUCAUGUUACCUACUCAAUCUUUAUUUGAAGAACAAGACGAGCCAACUGAUAACACUGUUUUAAAUACAACAUUCCCUUUUCUUCUAAAUUUGUCUAUCAAAUCACCCACUGUACUCCACUUGCAUGGCGAGAAUUUUUCGCGUGACCUUCAAGUCUGGUUUGGUGAUUUGAAGUUAACUACUGAAUAUCGUAGUCGAGAACUUUUGGUGUGUCAAAUGCCCUCACAACAAGAGCUAUUGCAUGUCAAAGAAGCGUAUCAUCAAAUACCUGUUUUGUUUGUCAGAGGAGAUGGUACACUUUGCAAAACAAAUAAGUUUUAUCCAUUAUAACUCUAUGUUUUUUUUAUGUUGUAUAUAUAGUUCUAUGCU